AUGCCGCCUCUUGAGGUCAUCUCAUUGGCAGAAAUCCCCUCCGUAGCGGCUCUUUAUCGCCAAAGGCUGAUUGACGCAGGUGAUGCAACCGCUGCGAGUGUUACGCCCUCUCAAGCUAUCAAUAACACAGUCUCGAUUAUCAGAUAUGACAUCACCAAGCUCAAGGUCGAUUGCAUCGUGAAUGCUGCGAACCAGUCCUUACUCGGUGGAGGUGGUGUAGACGGUGCAAUUCAUCGUGCAGCUGGUCCUGAACUACUGGAGGAAUGUCGCGAACUUGAUGGGUGUGAGACCGCCGAGGCCAAGGUCACAUCUGCUUACGAUUUGCCAUGCAAGUAUGUCAUCCAUACAGUCGGCCCCGUCUUUGAACGGGAAGAUUCUCCCGCUGAACUUCUUCGAUCUUGCUAUCGACACUCCUUGGAAGAAGCUAUCAAGAAAGAAGCAAAGUCUAUCGCCUUUCCGGCCAUUAGUACGGGUAUCUACGGUUACCCAAGCCGGGAUGCCGCUGCAGAGGCCAUGGAUGAAGUGCGAAAGUUCCUUGCUGGACCCGGUCAGGGACGUUUUGAGCGCGUGAUUUUCACCAACUUUGAGCAGAAAGAUGUUGCUGCUUAUUCCAGGCUCGUUUCGAAGUACUUCCCUCCUACCGAAGAGGACCUAGUGGACACUUGA